AUCUGCAAGAAUAAAUAAUGGGUGGUGUGGCGUUAGCGGUUAUAUCCUAUAGGGGCAACAAGGCCAGCCACAAAUAAAUCCCUAAACCUUAUGCCUGAAACUCCAUCCAUCCAUCCAUCCAUCAUAUUCUCUUCUUUCUUCUUCUUCAUCUUCUCUUGUAGAGAUUAGAUUAGAUUAUCGUAAUAUUGUAUGAAUCAUCUAUCGUGAUGACGAUGAAUCAUGAGUUUGGGGAAUCAUUAUCAUCUGAAUCUUCAUCAUCAAGAAGUGAAUCUUUUGUUAAUGUAUAUGAUCUGACAGAAGACUUGGCGGUAGAAAUUCUGAUGAGGUUGCCGGUGGUGGAUGUGAUAAAAAUGAAGAGGGUGUGCAAGUCAUUGUAUUCCUUAAUCAACAGCUCCGACUUCAUCGCCAAAUACUCCCUCCUCGACGGUGACAGGGAUCCUCAUAUGUUCAUAUCCAUCCCAUUUAAAGGAACUCGCGUAGUUUCCGUGUCUUACGAAGAUGAAGAUGAUGAUGAUGCAACAGUCAACAGAGUUUUCCACAUCAGACCCACACCCACACGGCCUCAACCUCAAGCCCACCGCCUUUUCUGCUACUGUUGCUGUGACGGUGUCCUUCUUGUUUCGUUUGUCGGCUUUAAAAAUAAUCGUGGGCAGUUCGCUUUGUGGAACCCUGCAACUGGAGAUAUCAAGGAUGUUCCAACUUAUGAUCAUGAUAAGAAUUUAAGUGAUAGUGAUGAUGGUGGGGAGGAAGAUGAUUUAUAUGUGACUAAUUAUGGAUGUGGGUUUGAUUCCAAAAAUAAUGAGUACAGUCCCUUCAUCGUUCUCAGCGACAAGUACUAUUCGUUUAAAACCGAGAUUGAGAUCUACAGCUACAGGAAGAAAAUUUGGAAAAUCAUUCUAUAUUCUGGGAUUAUUUCACAUGGAGUUGACAUGGUAUACGCCGAUGGAUUUUGUCACUGGCCAGGAUUCAGCCGCCUUGUUGUCCCUAAUGGCAGGGAUGUAAUUGUCUCGUUUGACGUCACAAAUGAGGGAUGAUGAUAGAACAACAAGUUGUUUUGAUAUAUGGGUAUUAGGUAAAUACGGUGAUAAAGAUUCAUGGACUAAGCUAUUCACUAUUGGACCCCUUCAUGGCAUUCAACAUGUCCUGGGAUUUUGGAACGAAACCAAAAUAUUUUUGGCUCAAACUGACUCGUUAGAUGACAAUCAUGCUCAGCUGUUUCUCUAUGACACGGUUACCCAACAACCAUUUAAUUGUCUUCAAACCAUUACAAUGGACUCAAAGAUGUAUACCUGCCGACUGAGCUUGUUACCAAUUGCCGCAGAUGGAUAGAAAAAAACAAAAAUCAAAAGACGAGUUCGAGUUCGAGUUCGAGUUUUGGCAAUUGAGAUUAGGAAUCAUAAUAAAAAGAUGAAGAAAAAGAUAAAGACUAGGACAAGUGAGGGCAGUGGCAACUAUUUUAUUGUGGUGAAUGAUAAGAGGGUUCUUUUGGCAGAUUGUUAAUUCCUGCAGCUACUGACCCAUAUAAUAAGCAUAUUCCACAGUCCUGCCUAAAACACAAGUGAGGGCAGUGGCAACUAUUUUAUUGUGGUGAAUGACAAGAGGGUUCUUUUGGCAGAUUGUUAAUUCCUGCAGCUACUGACCCAUAUAAUAAGCAUAUUCCACAGUCCUGCCUAAAACCAACAUGCCACCCUUGCCCUCCUCGACUCCCUCCCUCGCCCAACGUUACCCAGUCCCUGCCAUUUAUUCCAUACUAGUGUAUAAUGUAUUUUCCGCACGCUCCUGUUAAAUUAAAAUUAUAUAUAUAUUUUUUUCUAAUGUAGUUGUUUAUUUA